UCUCAUAUGGAUUUUUUAAGUGAGAAAAGAAAUCUAUCAAGUUGAUUUUGGUUUUAAAAAAUGCAUUUUGAAAAAAAAACGCCGAAAGCGGUUUGUUGUACAAUAAUGUUUACAGCAUUUUGGUUAUACUGUCUUUGCAAACAAUGUGUUUAUUGGGGCGAUGAAACGUUUGGCAGAACUUUACGACUGGUGCCGUAGAAUUUCGCCUUGUUUUCUAAUUGUGCCUAGCAGUCUGAUUGUUAUUUGUCACCUGCCUUUUCCUCUAACUGGUCAAAUUUUUCCCCGAUACCUAUUUGUAGAACCAGUUUUCCACGUUUUUCCCAUUUUUCCACAUAAACUCAGUUUUUCUACAAUUUUUCCAAAUUUGCAGCACGCCUCUAUAGUGGUGAACGAAUCAAUGGUUUUGACAACCUUGUAAAACAGUAAAAUUCUUUGUUCAAAAAUUCAGAUAUUUUAUAUUUCUUUCUAGAUCAAUAGCGGCUCCUUUUUCGAGACACGCUUAAACGAGAAAUUGAUUUUUUAGAAAUAUUGAGUAUUAAUAACCAGAUAACUAGUGUGUUUUUUAAAAAUCAUAAGAAUCAUAACUUAAGUUUUGACGAUGGUGAUUGAUACUGGAAUAACGACUGAACAGCUGCAGGAGCAUCGUGCCAAAAUAGCCGAGUUCCACAAAAAACACGUGGACCAAAUCAAGCACGAGAAGAGUGAUAAUAGUCCUUCGUCUUCUUCCACUUCUGCUGUUGGUGGAAGUAUGAACAAACAAGUGAAGCAGGUGAACAACUUCGGAGGCUGUGGAGAUCAGAAAACGAAUAAUGUGGAAAUCGUGAACAGGAGUUUGACUUCAGUACAGAUCUCGCAGUUGACCUCUGAGACAGUGACUACAAAAGUGCCUCUCAAGGGAACCAUGGCAAAUGGUGACCCCAAUCAAAGGUCAAGUCAGGUCACAGGAGAACAGAAGAGCCAGACAUUGCCGAGAUCAAACCAACAUAACAAAUCUUCCUCUGAUCAAAAUUCAAAACCAGACCAACUGCCUACCAGCUUCAUGAUCUUCCAAAGCAACCAGUCACAAACCGGCACCACAAAGCGCAAACCGCCGACCAAUCAGAAUCCUCACACGACUUCCACGCCUGUGAUUUACUUCCAAGCAGCUAACUCCACGACUGGGCCACAAAAACUGACGAGCGACAAAGACCGGAAUAAUUUGUCCGAUUCAUUCGGAAGCGGAAGUAAUGUCCAUAUAUGGACUGAAUCUAGCAGCGGCUAUGCUUCAGACAAUUUAACCGAAGAGGACCGCUCGUCUCUAAACUCGGGGAGUCUAAGCCGAAGUAGUUCAGUUAUGGAUCCCGGAGUGAGCGGGGUUCGAACCUGGACCAGUCCAGGGUCUGGGUCGGCGGAGGGCAAGGGGAUUGUGAGUCACAAGGGGACCAUAAGGGGAGUGCAGAAUAAAGUGAGGACGGCGCUGAUUGCGUUCAACUACGAGCCAGAUAUUGAGACGAAGGCCAAAAUCAGAAGUGACCAGGGCAAGAACUCCACCCUAGUGUUCCCAGACGAAGAGGGAAGAGUGGUAUUGUACACAACAUCUAAUGGAAUUAUUCCCGAGGUCGGAAACAGGUGUUUGGCAGUGCGCAAAAUCCUGAUGAACCACCGGGUGAAAUUCGAGGAGAGGGAUCUGUUUCUGAGCAAGGAGAAUGUGAGUGAGUUCGAGAUGAGGAUGAAGGCCUGUGGAGGGGGAGGGACAGGUACGGGGACAGGGACGGGGGGAAGUGUGAGCAACAAUAGUCUUAGUCUGCCAUCAGUGGGUGGGGGCAGUCAGUUAGAUGUCCCACAGGUGUUCAUCGACGGAGUCUGGUUAGGAAAUGCCAAGAAGAUAGAAGAGCUGAACGAAAGUGGAGAGUUGAAGAAAUCACUGAAACGCUUUGAGAAAAUCAGCACUGGGAAUAACGUGUGCAAUGAGUGUUGGGGAUACUGCUACAUUCUCUGCAGACAGUGCAAUGGGAGUAAGAAGUCAAGCAGUGUGCGCAAUGGAUUCACAGACAUGUUCAACUGUCUCAAAUGCACCCAGUGCGACCCCAACGGACUCCAAAAGUGUCCCGCAAAAUGCUUCAAAAACUAAAAACCACCCCUUCCCCUUUCAACAUACAAUACAAGUUUCCUCUAUUCAUUCAGUUCAUCAAAUGGUUGAAACGUCAGAAAAUAGGACUAAACCAGUUAAAUU